GCAGCCUGCGUGAUUCAACGGAACUGGCGAGCCUCGGGACUACGGCGUUGGAUACGUCGUCGGCAACUGGCGGCCAUCGUCAUUCAGUCAGCUUGGCGUGGACAUCGUGUGCGCUGCGCCAAUAGGAGUGCUGCUGCAUUUCGUCAACGUCUGAGCGAGGCAACUCAAGAGGCGCGUGCCCGUCCACACAACACGCUUGGUGCUCGUGCCCGCCGCGCGCUGGCCAACUUGUUGCGGUAUACGUCUGUGGCGAGUGUGCUGGAGGCUCUUGGUCACUUGGAAACUGCUACCCGUUUCUCUCGCGAGGUUUGCCUCUGGCUACUCACCACUCCAACUUCAACCACACCACCACCAGUAGCAUCACAGUGUGGUGACGGCCGCAGAGGAUGUGAAGAGAAUGCGGAGUAUCUUCCCCAUGUGCUCUUGCGUCUGUUACACCUUUGCAACCGUUCUGUGCCCAACGAGGAGGUCGCGUUGGCAGCUGUCGCAGUGAUGCUCAACUUGACAGUUGCUGUCAACAAUGCUGACGCCGGCACCGUGGCAAUGUGGUGGCAGCGACGGGUGCUGAAUGAGGAGGGUUCUUCACACUCGCAGUCCAUUGUUGAAUUCCUAUUUGGCAGUCUGCACCGGUUGUCACGAGCAAAACCUGGCACGUCGAGUAUUCGCUUGUUUGCCCGCAUCUCAGCUCUCUUGGCCACCCUUUACGAGACACUGCCGGUCGACUUUGCUGCACCCAAUGACUACGUGGGUGAAACGGAGGCUCUCCUCUCCCUCGUGCGACGUCUAUGGUCUACUGCGCUCUCCCGUUUGCCGGUGAGGCCGGAGGUGAGACUCCUUCUGCGUCGUCACCAACCGCAUGAGUCGAGGAGGAGGAGGGGAUUGUUGCGUCGAAUCGUCACGCUGGAGCUGAAUUUGGAGCGUUUGCCGUCGAAACCGCAGGUCAAUCCAAUAAUCGCCUGUGAACUACUCCUCUCGACUCUUCGAGAGCACCAGCGACGGUGUGAACAUCACCACCAACAAAUUCACAAUACCCAGAUGUAA